ACUCAUUCUGAAGAGAUGAUAAACUCUACGCCUAACAAAGAAAGCAUUGAAACUCAAGUUGAUGGCCAACAGAGGACUCAUUCUGAAGACAUGAUAAACUCUCAGCCAAACAAAGAAAGCAUUGAGACUCAGGUUGAUGGGAUGCAUCGGACUCAUUCUGCAUAUAUUAUAUUCUAAGCCCAACAAAGAAAGGAUUGAGACUCAAGUUGGUGGACAGCAGUGGACUCAUUCUGAAGACAUGAUAAACUCUCAGCCAAACAAAGAAAGCAUUGAGACUCAAGUAACUUGCCUGCAUGGGACUCAUUCUGAAGACAUGAUAAACUCUACGCCUAACAAAGAAAGCAUUGAAACUCAAGUUGAUGGCCAGCAGAGGACUCAUUCUGAAGACAUGAUAAACUCUCAGCCAAACAAAGAAAGCAUUGAGACUCAGGUUGAUGGGAUGCAUCGGACUCAUUCUGCAUAUAUUAUAUUCUCGCAGCCCAAGAAAGAAAGGAUUGAGACUCAAGUUGGUGGCCAGCAGUGGACUCAUUCUGAAGACAUGAUUUACUCACAGCACAUCAAAGAAAGCAUUGAGACUCAAGUAACUUGCCUGAAUGGGACUCAUUCUGAAGACAUGAUAAACUCUCAGCCCUACAUCGAAAGGAUUGAGACUCAAGUUGAUGGACUGAAUAGGACUCAUUCUGAUGACAUGAUAAACUCUAAGCCUAACAAAGAAAGGAUUGAGACUCAAGUUGGUGGCCAGCAGUGGACUCAUGCUGAAGACAUGAUAUACUCACAGCCAAACAAAGAAAGCAUUGAGACUCAAGUAACUGGCCUUCAUGGGACUCAUUCUGAAGACAUGAUAAACUCUACGCCUAACAAAGAAAGCAUUGAAACUCAAGUUGAUGGCCAACAGAGGACUCAUUCUGAAGACAUGAUAAACUCUCAGCCAAACAAAGAAAGCAUUGAGACUCAGGUUGAUGGGAUGCAUCGGACUCAUUCUGCAUAUAUUAUAUUCUCGCAGCCCAACAAAGAAAGGAUUGAGACUCAAGUUGGUGGACAGCAGUGGACUCAUUCUGAAGACAUGAUAUACUCACAGCACAUCAAAGAAAGCAUUGAGACUCAAGUAACUGGCCUGCAUGGGACUCAUUCUGAAGACAUGAUAAACUCUACGCCUAACAAAGAAAGCAUUGAAACUCAAGUUGAUGGCCAGCAGAGGACUCAUUCUGAAGACAUGAUAAACUCUCAGCCCUACAUCGAAAGGAUUGUGACUCGAGUUGAUGGACUGAAUAGGACUCAUUCUGAUGACAUGAUAAACUCUACGCCUAACAAAGAAAGCAUUGAAACUCAAGUUGAUGGCCAGCAGAGGACUCAUUCUGAAGACAUGAUAAACUCUCAGCCAAACAAAGAAAGCAUUGAGACUCAGGUUGAUGGGAUGCAUCAGACUCAUUCUGCAUAUAUUAUAUUCUCGCAGCCCAACAACGAAAGGAUUGAGACUCAAGUUGAUGGAAAGCAGUGGAUUCAUUCUGAAGACAUGAUAAACUCUCAGCCAAACAAAGAAAGCAUUGAGACUCAAGUAACUGGCCUGCAUGGGACUCAUUCUGAAGACAUGAUAAACUCUACGCCUAACAAAGAAAGCAUUGAAACUCAAGUUGAUGAGACUCAAGUUGGUGGCCAGCAGUGGACUCAUUCUGAAGAUAUGAUGUACUCUCAGCCCGACAAAGAAAGUAUUGAGACUCAAGUUGAUGGCCUGCAUCAAACUUGUUCUGAAGACAUGAUAAACUCUCAGCCGAACAAUGAAAGCAUUGAGACUCGAGUUGAUGGACUGCAUGGGACUCAUUCUGAAGAUAUGAUUUUCUCACAACCCAUCAAAGAAAGCAUGGAGACUGAAGUUGAUGGUCAGCAGCUGACUCGGUCUGAAGACAUGAUUUACUCGCAUCACAACAAAGAAAGCAUCAGGACUCAAGUUGGUGGAGUGAAUGGGACUCAUUCUGAAGACAUGAUAAACUUUCAGCACAACCAAGAAAACACUGAGGCUCUACUACAUGAUUUUCAUGGGACACGGCUUUAUGACAUGAUUUACUCGCAGCUUGAUAAAGGUUGCACUGAGGCGCAACUUGAUAGUUUUCUUGGGACUCAGCUUGACCUGAUUUACUCGCAGAAAGACCAAGAAUGCAUUGAGACUCAAGUUAAUGGCCUUCGUGAGACUCAUUUUGAAGACAUGAUAAACUCUACGCCUAACAAAGAAAGCAUUGAAACUCAAGUUGAUGGCCAGCAGAGGACUCAUUUUGAAGACAUGAUGUACUUGCAGCCCGACAAAGAAAGAAUUGAUACUCGAGUUGAUUGCCUGCAUAAGACUCAUUCUGAAAACAUGAUUUACUCACAACCUGUCAGUGAUUCUGAGGACAUAGAUCAAUAUGAAAAAGAAAAUGUGAGGAAAAGGAAAAGCCUCCUUGGAAAAAGAAGUAAAUUUCAGUCAGAGUUGGUUGCUGAAAACAGUGAGAAGCAAGAGUAUGAUACAAGCAUGGAAAAUCACUCUUCUACAGAAUCGCUUAAGAGAAAAAAGUACCCUAGUGGAAAGAAGCCUCUUGAAGAUCAGACUCCAAAAUUGAAAUCAAAGCUCAAUAAAAAGAUUGACACAAUACAGCAAGAAGACUUUAAUAAAUCAGAUAGAUAUGUAUUGGAAUGUGAAAAAAUUGACAAGGAUGGUGAAUCUGGCGAAGAAAUAGAUGAUUCCGAGUUUCUCCAAAGAGAUCAGAAUAUAAAAGGAAUUUACAUUAAAAAAUACAGAUUAAAAAAAGAAAGGGAGUUUAGAGGACAGAGUAAAGAUACCAGAAUAUACGAUAACACACAUGCAUGCUUUUUUUGUGGGAAAGUUGUACUCCACAUUAAGGAGCACUUGAAAACCCAUAAAAAUGCUGAAGAGGUGAAGGAGAUAAUGGCUAUGGAUCAUCCCGAUUUUACCUCACUAAGAAAAAGGGGAGACGACAAGCAUAACCGUCAGGUUUUAGAAAAGGGUGAAGGGGAAAUCAUUUUGGCGAGAAGACCAACAACAGAAUUUGACAUAACUAAUUUUGGUCCUUGUCCAGAGUGCAGAGAAUGGGUUCUUUUAAAAAGUAUCAAAUAUCACUUUAGAGAAUGCACAAAGAAACUUGAAAUGACUAGAAGGAAAAAAAAAGAUCUCGUGUUGCAGUCCCAGAUAUUGGCAGGGCACAUAAAAGGGAGACAGUCACCACAGAUGAUGAAAGAGGUUUUUCCAAUUAUGUCGUCAGAUAAUAUUACGACAAUUGCCCAGAAUGAUAAGUUGAUACUGGCUCUGGGAGAAAGCUGGAUUAAAAGAAACAUUGGAAAUGUUGAGAAAAGGAAGUAUUACGCCAGUUCUAGAAUGCGUUUAUGUGCAAGAUUUUUAAUCCAACUACAACAACUACAAUCCAUUCAGAAAUCAGGCUCUUGUGCUGAUUCCACCACAUAUGAUGUUGAUGAGAUUGAUACAGAGAUGGAUGUGGACAAAGAUUCAAAGCAGGAUAGUCUUUGGGAUUUUCUAAGGCCACAGAACUUCGAUAAUUUAGUGCUUGCGGCUCUAAAAUGUUCAUUCCCAAACGCUGAUGAUGACGAUGAUCUACUUUCCCCUAGCAAUGCCAUCAAGUUGAAAUAUGAUUUAUAUCGACUCGUAAACAGCAAAUGGGCUCUUAUUGUGAAAACCAGCGGCAGUGAAAAUUCUAAAGAAGCUAAAGAAUGCAAAACACUUGCAAGCCUCAUGGAUAUUGAAUGGAAGGAAAGGGUUACUACUAUUGCAAGAGCAGUGCUGAGUCGCAGAAAGUUUGACGAGAAAAAAGAGCUGCCAUCUCCUGAAGAUAUAGAAAAAAUGACAAAGCACCUUUCCAAAGAACUCAUGGAAACAUCUCUAACAUCAGAAAAUUUCACUCGUCUGGUAACCAUUGUGCAGACAAGGUUGCUCCUUUAUAAUAAAAGAAGAACAGGGGAACUUGAAGCCAUCAAAGUGCAGAGCUAUGCUUCAAGAAGCUGUGGGCUUGAUGAACUUGAUGAAUCACUAGCUAAGGACCUUACAGAUGUUGAAAAGCAUUUAAUGGGAACACAGGAUCUGAUGAGAGUGAGAGGGAAGAGAGGCAGACCUGUACCAGUGUUAAUUCCUCCAGAUUGUAGAAAAGCACUGGCUUUCCUAGCCAACACGGCACAGAGAAAAAAAGCAAAAAUAGCUGAGGGAAACCUGUACUUGUUCCCCAAUUCUGUGAAUGGUUAUGUUAGGGCAUAUGACUCUCUGAAAACAAUGUGCAAUGAAGUAUGCUUGUUGGCUCCUCAUAGAAUAACUUCAGUCUCCAUGCGAAAGUAUAUGGCCACUCUCACACAGAUGCUGAAUCUAGACAAAUUCCAAAUGGACUGGGUCUGUAAUCAUCUAGGUCACACCAAGAGUGUACACAAAGAGCAUUACAGACAAAUGAGUGGUUUAGUGGAAAGAACCCAAAUAAGCAAACUGCUGCUUAUUCAGGACAUGAACUUGACCUCAAAGUUUAGAGGGAAGAAGCUAGAGGACAUGGAUAUUAAAGACAUUGUCUUCCAAGAUGAUGCAGAUGAUGAGGAAGAAGCAGGCUUUCAAGAAAAUCUGGCUCUUCCAAGUGAUACAGUGGAUGCAUCAGAAAAUUCUUAUUUAGAGGAGGCAAGAUUGGAAGAAGAAGAGGAGGAGGAAGAGGAGGAGGAGGAAGUAGUUAAGACCAGGAAAAAAGUUAAGAAAACACGGCAACGGUGGACUGAGGAGGAAGUGAAAGAAAUCGAAGAAUAUUUCAAAGAUUUCCUGAAAUCGGGUACCACCCCCAGAUCAACGUUCAUAGAUCGAAUGAAGCAGAAAAGCAAGGUCAACAAGGGGGUGAUACACUUAAGAGAGAAUCAUUUAAUUAUAAAGAAAAUCUCAAAUAUGAAUCAUUCCAAAAAAUAAGUUAAUAUCGUUGGCCCUUCCCCCCACUUUUUUUUAGCUCACCUCGACGAAUGAGAUGAGUGACAAGGUUAAAGUUAUUGGAGGAGGUUAAAGUUUUAGGAGCAGGUCCAUUCCCAAGGAAUUAUAAGCUCUACCCAGACCAAACUUGCAUGGAUGAUGCAUCUAGGGAUGUACACUACAAGACUUGCUUCGGAUGCUGGAUCUGACCUACAUUUUCCAGAUGAGUGACCAUGUUAAAGUUUUUUGGGCAGGUUAAAGUUUUAGGAGCAAGUCCAUUCCCAAGUAACUAAAAGCCCUACCUGAACCAAACUUGCAUGGAUGAUGCAUCGAGGGAUGUACACUACAAGACUUGCUUCGGAUGCUGGAUCUGACCUACAUUUUCCAGAUGAGUGACAAGGUUAAAGUUAUUGGAGGAGGUUAAAGUUUUAGGAGCAGGUCCAUUCCCAAGGAAUUAUAAGCCCUACCCAGACCAAACUUGCAUGGAUGAUGCAUCUAGGGAUGUACACUACAAGACUUGCUUCGGAUGCUGGAUCUGACCUACAUUUUCCAGAUGAGUGACCAUGUUAAAGUUUUUUGGGCAGGUUAAAGUUUUAGGAGCAGGUCCAUUCUCAAAGAAUUAUAAACCCUACCCAGACCAAAUUUGCAUGGAUGAUGCAUCUAAGGAUGUACACUACCAGACUUGCUUCGGAUGCUGGAUCUGACCUACAUUUUCCAGAUGAGUGACCAGGUUAAAGUUUUUGGAGCAGGUCCAUUCCCAAGGAACUAUAAGCCCUACUCAAACCAAACUUGCAUGGAUGAUGCAUCUAGGGAUGUACACUACCAAACUUGCUUCGGAUGCUGGAUCUGACCUACAUUUUCCAGAUGAGUGACCAGGUUAAAGU